CUGGAGACGAUUUGUGUGCAACAUGUAUCUAAAUGCGAUCACACUGUGGGAAUAACGCUGCCGAUCAUCCUGUCACGUAUUACACGUAGCGGGGUGGAAAUGAAGAAAUACCAGGAAGCAAAAACUUGGCAUCAGAUCGCCUCCUUCUCCUCCCAGGGUCUCCAGUUAAACUACAGAAGUGCAGCUUUCCACACACAGACAGACAGGGUGGUGUAGAUUGAGGCGGAGGUCGUCAUGAAGCUGGUGGUCCUCAUGCUCCUCCUCCAGGUGUCCGGAUGUGCAGAAAGCAGGUGCUUCUGUCAGCUCACAGGAGAUCUGGACGACUGUACUUGUGAUGUGGAGACCAUUGACGGCUUUAACAACAACCAGCUCUUCUCCAAACUUCAAACUCUUCUGGAGUCCGACUAUUUCAGGUUCUACAAGGUAAACCUGAACAAGGCGUGUCCGUUCUGGUCGUCCAGCAGUCACUGUGGUCUGAAGGACUGCGCUGUGAAGCCCUGCUCUCCUAACGAAGUGCCAGAGGGAAUCAGAUCACACAACAAGUAUUCAGCAGAAGAAAAGGAGCAGCUGGUAAAGUGUGAGCUGGCGGAGAACCUCGGAGCUGUAGAUAUUUCUUUAAGUAAGGCGACCAGAGAAGCUCUGCUAAACUGGAGCAAACACGACGACGAGGCAGAGCGCUUCUGUGUUGUCGAUGACGAGGAGUCUCCAGACUCUCAGUAUGUGGACCUGCUGCUGAACCCUGAGCGCUUCACUGGCUACAGAGGACCGGAGGCCUGGCAGAUCUGGAACAGCAUCUAUGAGGAGAACUGUUUCAAGCCGUAUACGAUCAAGCGACCGGUCCUUUCCAGCCUCUUCCAUAGCAGCCCGGGAAGUGAAUCGAAGACUUUCUACAGCUGGCUGGAAGGUCAGUGUGUAGAGAAGAGGGCUUUCUACCGGCUCAUCUCUGGCCUCCAUUCCAGCAUCAACAUACACCUGAGUGCCAGAUACCUCUUAGAAGACAGCUGGUUUAAGAAGAAGUGGGGUCACAACGUGUCGGAGUUCAGGCAGCGCUUUGAUUCGGAGCUGACAGGCGGCGAGGGCCCCAAGAGGCUCCGCAACCUCUACUUCCUGUUCCUGAUCGAGCUGCGAGCGCUGGCCAAAGCUCUGCCCUUCUUCCAGCAGCCGUCCUUCAGGCUGUUCACUGGCAGGCCGGAGGAGGACCGCAGACACAAGGAGCUGCUGCUGCACAUCCUGCAGCUGGCCCGAUCUUUCCCUCUUGCCUUUGAUGAGACGUCUCUGUUUGCUGGGGAUGAAAAGGAAGCAGCCAAAAUAAAGGUACA